AAUCAGAGAAGAAGAAGUCUUUAUAUUCUUACCGACAUAAACACCGGAGCAGUCAGCGGAGAGAAGCUGUUAGUUGGCUCCAAUUUGCGGCAGAAACCCCGAGGAGUUAGUCUGGUUCUCAGAGAUGGACCGACACCGGAAACAGCUCGAGGUGGUUUUAAACUCGGAAACGGAGCUGCGAGCUUUACCUUCAGAUGUCCAGAAAGUGAUUGUUGGUGAAGAACAUCAGCAGGAGUGGAGCUCCAAUAUGGAGCAAGAGGACACAAAGCCCCCACACAUUAAAGAGGAGCAGGAGGAACUCUGGAUCAGUCAGGAGGGAGAGCAGCUUCAGGAGCCAGAGGAGGCUGACACCACCACGUUCCCAUUCACUCUUCUCCAUGUGAAGAGUGAAGAGGAUGAAGAGAAACCUCAGAUCUCCUUAGAUCCAGAUACACAUUUACAACUAGAUACUGAUGACCAGACUGGACACUCGUCUGAAGCUGAGACUGAUGACAGUGCUGAUUGGGAGGAGACUAGAAAACCUCAGUCAGGUUUAAACUCUCUGAAUAAUAAUGACGUCCCAGACUGUGGUUUGAGAUGUAGUACAGAUACAAAAAAGAGACAUCUGAAGAGAGACGUGAGUUCUCACACAGGAGAAAAAACAUUUAGCUGCUCAGUCUGUAACAAAGCUUUUACAGUAAAUGGAAGUUUACAAAAACACAUGAAAAUUCACAAAGGAGAAAAAUCAUUUAGCUGCUCAAUCUGUAAGAAAGCUUUUAUAGAGAGUGGUUAUUUAAAUAGACACAUGCGAAUCCACACAGGAGAGAAGGCAUUUAGCUGCUCUGUCUGUAAGAAAGCUUUUACAGUGAGUGGGAGUUUACAGAAACACAUGAGAAUCCACACAGGAGAGAAACCAUUUAGUUGCUCCAUCUGUAAGAAUGCUUUUACAGAGAGUGGAAGUUUGCGUAGACACAUGCGAAUCCACACAGGAGAGAAACCAUUUAGCUGCACAGUCUGUAAGAAAGCUUUUACAGUGAGUGGAAGUUUGAAGACACACAUGAGAACCCACACAGGAGAGAAACCAUUUAGCUGCUCAGUCUGUAAGAAAGCUUUUACAUUGAGUGGAAAUUUACAAAAACACAUGAGAAUCCACACAGGAGAGAAACCAUUUAGCUGCUCGGUCUGCAAGAAGGCUUUUACAUUGAGUGGAAGUCUACAUAUUCACUUAAGAACCCACACACACAGGAAAGAAAAAAGGUGGAGUGGAGAUUCAGUCUAGAAGGAGAACAGAGGACCUCAGUCAGGUUUAAACACUCUAAAGAAUUCUCUAAAAGUGAUGUUAAAGGUACUGAAACGCAGUGCCAAUAGGGCGCCGGUUCCAACGUAAGCUGUAACGACGCCAAAUAAGAACGAACAUUUAAUUGCAUGUUUUCAGUGCCUGACUUUUUAUUUUAUUCAGAAGCAUUGUUGCACAGGGCGCUGUGUUACCGUUAGCUACUAGCUGGAUUAAACACAAUGGUUGUAAUGCUAACCGCUUACGUUAAGCGGUGUAAAGUGUGACUGUGUUUCCCUGGAGAGGAUUCCAACACCGGGACGUAACAGUCUGCAGGCAGCUGCCGUUGUCGGAAAAAACAACACA